AUAGAUGAGGGUUUUUUUUGAACUUUUUGCAGGAGGUGGUCUCCUGCAAAACCGGAUGUAGAUAAAGGGGUUCAUUGAAAUUUACCCUUGUUUUUGAGGGGAGAAUUCAGCAAACGGGAAUCUUGGCGUUUUUGGGGUGGAGUUAUGGAUUUCACCGCGACAAAUUGAAGAACCCUAAAUUAAUGCCGAAAUCACUGAGAUCCACAGCUCUUCUCUUCUCUCUAUAGAUUCUUUCAGUAGACCCUCACAUUCUCUAUGACCAUUUUGGGCAUUUUCGCUCCGUAUCCCAAGAUCCCACCUUUUCUUCAUAUUUACUAAGUUUUUUAUGUUAAUUAAAAUACCCAGAUCGAGUUUUUCGUGAUCAGCUCAGAGAUCUGCUCAAUUUUUGAUUUUGAUGCAUUGGGGAGCUCUUUCCACUUAGGGUAAUUUAUGAGAGACAGUACCAACCUUGUAUACAUUGGUUAUAGGACCUUUAACCUUCUUUCAGGUUUUUAAGUGGAGAGGAAAUGGUGGAAACAUGUGUUGCACCAAGUGAACUUCACUUGAAAAAGGAGCUUACGGCCCUUCAAAAAGCACAUUAUUUACGCGACCCCGAGACUUGUUCAUCUUGGAAGUCCCCUUUGAGCUCCAAUUCAUUUAGUGCAUCCAAUAAGUUGAAUUAUGGAAAUGGUCUUGCUGGUAAAACAGGAGAAAGUGACACUCGAAAAAUGCUUGAAAUACCACCAAGUGAUAUUGCACAGAAAAGGGUUUACCUUUAUAAUUGGAAGAAUCAUUCUAGUAAAUCAAGUGGCAACAUGAUAAAGUUAGAUGAUGAUGAUAGACAAAUAUCAAUUGAAGACAGUCUAGAAGACAGCUUCAAGAAUGCUCACAAGGCAGAUUCCACAAGCAUCAGUCAUCUUGAGGUUCCUUCCAAUAUCUCUAGUUUCAGAGGGAGAAGAUCUAAAGCUCCAGUAAGAAAAACCGUAAAAAAAUUGAGAAAUGCAGUUUCUAACAAACAGGUGAAGAAGGAUUUGGUUUUCAACACAGUCGAACAAUCUGAAGAUACCGAAUACUCCAACUCUGAGGAUUUGAUGCAGCUAACACAUGUGCUAACAAGUAAAGCAGCUCAUGAUUCUCUUUCCGAGUCACCAUUAUUUUCUGGAUCAGGAUGUGGAAAUUGGUCAUACUCCUCGAAAAUCUUGAGAAAUAUUAAAAAGGAGGUGUCAUCACAUUCAUGUACUCCUGCAUCAACUAGCUCUUACUAUAGAUAUUAUGGAGGUCGCAAUGCCAAUAUCGAGUCAUGGGACGGAGCAGCAACUUCAAUAGAAGGUGAUGAAUUGGAUCAGCUAGACUUACCAAGAACUCAGGGGUGUGGCAUUCCUUGCUAUUGGCCAAAGAGAACUAAAGAGAAGGGUUGUGGAGGUUUUGUUUCUCCGUCAUUAUCUGAUACACUAAGGAGAAAAGGGAGCAGCUUAUUUUAUAGCAACAAGAGAUCACCUGGUGCCCGUAGGCAAAAGUACCUUUCGAAAUCUUCACAAGGUUUGCCAUUGUUGAGUAAUAGUUGCGGUGAAGGUAAUUCUUCAUUAGAUAGUGCAAGUGAUGAAAUGUCUACAAACUUAGGGGAGCUUGAGUUGGAGGCCUUGAGCCGAUUGGAUGGACGAAGAUGGUCAAGCUGUAAAAGCCAAGAAGGAUUACAAUCUGUUCAAUCUCAAGAAGUUGACAUGGAUUCAACAGAACAUAAAAGCUUGAGCCAAAAGUACUGCCCGAGGUCUUUUGAUGAAAUAGUUGGCCAAGAUAUUGUUGUUCAUUCACUUAAUAACGCCAUUCUAAUGGAAAGAAUAGCCACUGCUUAUCUUUUUCAAGGUCCCAGAGGAACUGGGAAAACAGCUAUAGCCAGAAUAUUUGCUGCGGCGUUAAAUUGUUUGUCUACUGAAGACAAUAAACCAUGUGGAUCUUGUCGAGAGUGUACUUCUAUUUUCAGUGGAAAUGGAUCAAAUGUGAGAGAAGUGGAUGCUAUCAACAAGAAGGGUAUAAAUAGAGUAAGGUAUCUUUUGACGAACAUGUCUGUGGGUAAAUCAGUUUCACGAUACAAAGUUUUCAUUAUUGAUGAAUGCCACAUGUUAUCUUCUAGAAUGUGGUCGGCAUUUAUGAAUAUUCUUCAAGAACCACCUUCUCGUAUUGUCUUCAUUUUUGUGACAAUUGAUCCGGACAGUUUGCCUAGGGCCAUUAUCUCACACUGUCAGAAAUAUCUCUUUUCUAAGGUUAAAGAUGUUGAUAUAGUUUCCCGGUUGAGAAAGAUGGCUUAUGAAGAAAAUCUUGAUAUUGAAUUAGAUGCUCUAGAUUUGAUUGCUUUAAAUUCAGAUGGUUCACUGCGGGAUGCUGAAACCAUGUUAGACCAGUUGAGUUUGCUGGGCAAAAGAGUAACCACUUCACUUGUAUAUGAGCUCAUUGGAGUAGUCUCAGAUGAGAAAUUGCUUGAUCUUUUGGAGAUAGCAAUGUCAUCAGACACUGCAGAAACAGUUAAAAGAUCGAGAGAGUUCAUGGAUUCUGGUGUUGACCCAAUGGCUCUGAUGUCUCAAUUAGCUGCGCUCCUAAUGGACAUUAUUGCUGGAAGUAACCAGUUGGCUGAUCCACAAUUUAGGGGUAUAGCACUUGGUGAAAGAAGUUUAAAUGAAGACGAGUUGAAGAGAUUAGAAAAAGCACUGAAGAUUCUCUCAGAUGCAGAAAAGCAACUAAGAUUCUCAAGCGAGCGUUCGACAUGGUUCACUGCAGCUCUACUACAGCUAGGCUCUAGCCAAAGUGCAGAAUUUACUCAAUCAAGCAGUAGCAGCAAACAUAGUACAAAAGAAAUUAAUGAUGGCAUAGACAGCGGGGCUAAGGAUUCAUCUUUCACAGUCCAAGGGUCGAGUUCAGCACGAGUUUCUAGAGCAAACAGCGGAUAUUCUAGCCCUCAAAGCUGCUCAUCAUCAUAUAAAGUUCCAAGGAAUGUGAAAUUAACUUCUGCUAGAUUACAUGGAAAUGAUACUUACGGCCCAGGGGCAAUAAUGUGCAUAAGUCCGGAUAAGUUGGCUUUGAUGUGGAGAAGGUGCAUUCAGAAAUGUCACUCUGAGACACUGCGACAACUGCUGAGCUCCAAUGGGAAGCUUGUAUCAAUUUCUGAAACCAAAAGCACACUGAUCGCUAGCAUAGUGUUUGAAGACAGUAAUGUAAAAUCAAGGGCUGAGAGAUACUUGAACAGCAUCAAGAGUUCAUUUGAGAUUGUUUUGCAACACAAUGUGGAGGUCAGAAUAGGUCUACAGUCAAAUCCCUACUCCCCAUCAUUCAACCAUAUAGAGAAAAAUAGAGACUCUACUAGCUUAAAGGUUUCUUGUAAUGAUAAAUGUAAGGGAAUUCCCAACUUGCCUAGGAAAAGACUCGAGUGUUCUGAAGCUAGGCAACAGAAAACAUUAGAGCAAGGGGAUAGCUCUCUACAGAAACAUGCAGAUGUUGUCGUUGAGCAUAGACUUGAAAGAGCAUGGCUUCAAGCUUCAGAUAAGAAUUCAAUUGACUUAAGCAGUCAGUCAAAUCCCAAUAAAAAUCAGAUUUUGCCUGAAAAUGGUGUCAGCUGUGAGAAUCAUAAAAUGUCUUUGAUAUCAUCUAAACAUUGGGAAGCUGAGCUGAAUCACGAGGUUAAAGGUUUAAAAAUCGGUGAUAGUCAAGGACAGCAUAAGAAACAAAUUGAUGGGCAAAUUGAUCAUUAUGCAAUUUCUCCAAGUUUAUUGCACAGUAACGGCUUCACAGCAAAUUCUGACAAAGAGAAUGUGGAUUAUGAGUCAGGACCUGGUUGCAAUGGGUUCUUUUGUUGGCAACCACGUAAAUCUUACAGUAGGAAGGUGAAGAAAGGAAUUCAUGCACAAUCACCUAAGAUUCGCCGUCUUCACUGCUUGGGAAGUUCUAGGUUGAAGGCAUCAAAAAGCAAAGCGAGGAUAUAAUUAUCCCAAAACGUUCAUUCUUCCUAUACAUUUUCUGUAUAUUCUCACAGAGGCAUUCAUUUUUCAAUUAUAAGGUUUUGAAAGGGAAAGCAGGCUGAAUCAAUGGCAUUAUUAUAGAGGAAAUGGUUGGGUUUGCUCCUUGACUGACUGCAAGAAAUAUCCCAUGGCGAGGCACCAAGGAGUUAAAACUUUUUAUGAUAAAUUUUCGUUGUAUUGUUAUUAAAUGUAGCUUAUUUUUUAUUCUUCUUCUCAGUAGUUGAAUAUUUUUUCCUCCUUUAGUUUCUUUAAAAUGCAAGUAUGUAUGAGUUGAUAUUCUGCUAAGCUAUAAAUGUAUAAUAAAUCCUGCCACUGGACGAGCUAUAGGUCCUGUUUAUGAUUA